AAGUACUUCAGAAACAAGUCUUCCGAGCCCUCUACUGACUGUGACGCGCCGCGUUGUAAAUCCGCUCGUGCACCAGUAGACCUAGACGAGCGCAGAACUUGCCUAGAACUAGGAAGAAGGAAGCUCAUGUCGCGACACAAUUUUUUGUAGAAGCUGCUCCGCUUCUUCACCCGCCAGUUUUUUUUCCUCGGCGCCAGUGCUUGAAAACGACCAUUGUUACGGCUAGAAGUACCGCAGCAGGAGGACGCAGGGCCGCAGGUGGAAGUUGUACUUAGCUCGCUCAUAGGGCGGGAGCCGCCACGCAAGAUCGUCAUGUUUCGCAGCUCGAUCACUUCAUCCUCAUCAUCGGCGGUGAUGAUGGGACCUUCCUCGUCGUCCGCGACUGGAACAGCGACGCAACAUCUUCAAACCUCCAGAAGUAAUACAACUUCCUCCUCCCAGUCCCACCCCCCAAACGUGCUCGAUACCCGGGAGCUCCGGCGGGUGGAGCUCGCGAGAAAGGAAAUCAAGGAGGAGAUUGAGCGGAUAUCCUCCGAAGCGUACCGCCUCAAAUACCGCAUGCAGCAGAGGAAGGCCCUGCAACUGCAGGUCUCCUCCGCGCUCGCACAAUGUAAACGGGCGUCCAGCCACACCUGGGUCAGUCUGCGGAUGAACCUGGAGCAACCGCCGCACUGCGGCGCGGCGGGAAAAUUGAUUGAGUCCUUCGCGGGGCUUUUUUUGAAGAAGAAGGUACUUGUUUUUCUACGUUAGUUACUUCUUGGCCGUGGCCCAAGAACUGCAACAUGUUUAGUAAAAGUUUAAGAUGCCGUUGCGACUCCGUAUUUAUUCGACCCAUAAAAUAAUGAUCGCAUUUAUAUUUAUUCUUAUUCUUCGCCAUGCAAGGUCAACACCAGCCAAUUGCCCCAGGACGAGUGGGUGGGCAUCAUCCGCCGCCUUUUCCGGGAUCCGCACCUGCUUCUCGCCAAAAUGAAGCGAAUCGUCGAGGACCCGACCGUAUCAAAUGUAAAAAUGUCUGGGUCUGGAAAGUUGGAACUUGUGAUGCUAACUUUGGACUCUAAAAAAAUCUGUAUUGCAUGACCAGCAAGAGGAGCCGAUUUGUGCUACGCGAGGAGGGCAUUUGCCAUGCGGACAUGGCAUCAGGAAGCUUUCCAAAAAUCUGUGAUGCUGGAUCAUGCAUUACAACCAUCAUGGGUCAUGCCAGACAAGCAUGACAAGCCUUCCAUUCUUCCACACCCAGACAUUUUUACAUUUGAUAGACCGCCACCGACAUUGACGACGAGGGGCAACAGGCAGCCGCCUACGAGCACGCGUUAACGCCUGGGGCGCUGUUUCUGAUGGCGGAUUUGCUGGAGCGGGACAAGACGGCGCUGCGCAACAAACUUGGCUCCGGACCGGCGAGUUUGGUGGAAAAUUUGCAGAAAUGGCUGCAGGCGUUCGGGGCCAUGCACUUUGAGAAAGGUACCACACAUGAUGUAUAACGCAGUGAGUCAACAUCCGACUGACGUGUUCAAUUCUACUACGUUCGAACACCAGAAAAGGGGAAAUUAAGUUAGUGAAGUGAAGUGUAUUAAAAACAAAUUCGCGGUUGCGGAUGAUGACGAUCGUGAAUUCAUCGCAGAUGACAGCGAGAGCCUGUCCGCGAUUUUGAAGGAGCACGAAGAAGACAUCGCGGCUUUGCGGGAACGGGACGACGAGCUGAUGCAAUCGGCGAUUGACAUCACCAGAACCUCCAUCAAGCAGGAACAUCAAAAGGACAACAACUGCUUCAACAACGACCGCCUGUGUUCCACUUCUAACUCCCAACAACUUGUUUCUACUUCUUCGCAGCAGCUAGUACAUCCCGUCGUCCAGAGACAGCCGUCCGUCCCGACAAUUCCCGAGGAAGCAGAUGACGCAACAACGUCGCCGAGCGUAGUUGUGAACCGGCAGACAGUGUGCAGCGUGGGCAGGAUAUCGGUGGAGAUGGGCGGGGGUAGAAGUAGUGGCUCUUCUGGAAUUGACGCGGAUCUACUUCACAGCACCGCGAUAUCGAUUUCGAACUCGCAAAAGGUCGUACAGCAGCAGGAACACCAGCAGGGACUUUUGCAGGUUUCGUCUGCAUCCAAGGACCAAGUUGGAGGAGGUACUAGUAGCAGUACCACUACGACUUCUACUGCAUUGAACAAUUGUCGCAGUCCGCUGGCGGCGCACAAUACCGGAGCGGGCAGUUCCAGUUCGAGCUCAUCGAAGAUCAGCAUGGGCUCUUUUCACAAGCGGAGUGUCAGCUGCAUUCAGGGAGGUGGACAUGGAGGAGGGAUGAAUCCGAAUGCCAAUCAGAAUUACGGUGGUACCAUCAGUCAACACCAGCAGGGCAUGAGUUCUAAUUCCUCUUCAUCGACGGGCACGAAUGGCUUUCCGAUGUCUACUUUUCGUGGCAGCACCUCGCCUAACCGGUACCAAAACGUGGUGCCCCACAGUCCCACGACAAGUUCCUAUGCAGCUUCAACGAAUUUUCCCGGCGGAGGCGGUGGACCUGGACAUCAGACCACAUUGCUACAGGCCAACAAGCUGCUGCGCCCCAUGAGUGCGGCGGCAGCGAGCGGUGGGGGCACUUCUAGCAAUGGGAAAAUAAAUACAGCAGGAGCUGCAACGAGCGCAACCACGACGAGCACUGACUUAUCGUCCUCGAAUAGCGGGGCGAAUAAUCUACAGCGGCCGGCCUCCUUGUCUAUGGUGCUCGAGUCGGUGGAUAACGUCAAUAACGCCACGUCCAGUAACAAAUAUCACAUAUUCAACACGCCGAACACGCUGCACGGCAGUGGUAUCAAAUGUAAAAAUGUCUGGGUCUGGAAACUUGUGAUGCUGGGUGGCGUCUCAUGAUAAGGCCACAAAUGCUGGCUCAGCAUGACAAUUUUCUGAGCUUCUAGGUGUUGCCUAUUCUGCAUGACAAACUGCGUUCCUGCAUCGCAGAAAAAUGGAGCUCUUGGAUAACGUGCAUGACAGAUCUAAGAGUCAUGCCAGACAAGCAUGACAAACAUGCAUUCUUCCAGACCCAGACAUUUUUACAUUUGAUAAGUGGCAGCAAGCAGCAACUGUCAAAGACACCCACGGGGUCGACCUGCAGCACGCAAAUCUAUCAAAUGCAAAAAUGUCUGGGUCUGGGAGAUUGCGAGAUUUGUCAUGCUUGUCUGGCAUGACUCUGAACUCUGUGUUGCAUGGCCGCGAAGAGCUCCGCCUCCCUGUCAUGCAAAAACGCAGUUUCUCAUGCGGAGUACGCAACUCAGAACCAUGGAAAAAACUUGUCAUGCUUGGCAGCGCAUUAUAGUGAGUUCACUAUUCCCUUUCUUGCAUCACAAGUUUCCAGACCCAGACAUUUUUGCGGUUGAUAAAAUCCCCGGGUCGACGACUACCUUCUCCUCCGCUAGUCCCUUGGACGGCGACUACGGCGCGAGCUCGAGCCUGUCCCCGCCGCCGCAGCACGCGGACGCGGCCUGUUAUGACACCCUCAGAAUGGAAAUCCUCAAAGUGGAAAUAAUUUGUGAUGCAUGAAAUGCGACACCAAAAAGACUGUAUUGCAGAGAACGCAAUGGAGGCCGACUACUGUGCUUCUACGGGUUCAGAAUUGGCCUGCUGAUUAGCAUGGGACAAGGGCACCCCUUUGCCUAACUAGCAUGACAAACACGCUUUGAGUGCCCGGGAAAUUUGUCAUGCGCCGACUAUAAAUGGUGCUCGAACUGGCGUCGUUUUUUUGCAUUACAAAUUAUUUUCACUUUGAGGAUUUCCAACCUGAGGCUUUCAUAUGUGUCGCCAGCUGUACUGGUCCUCGGUGAAGCGGAGCAGGGUCGAGACGAGCCGGCAUAUCAAAUGCAAAAGUGUCUGGGUCUGGAAGAUUGCGAGAUUUGUCAUGCAUAUUUCCCAUGACCCAUGAUGGCUGCAAUGCAUGACGAAGCAUCACAGACUUUUAGAGGGCUUCCUGAUGCGCCUUCCGCAUGAGAAAUCCCUUGUCCGCGUAGCACAAACUGGACCCCAUUUGCUGGUCGUGCAAUACAAAUUUUUUUAGAGUCCAAAAACAGCAUGACAAGUUGCAAUCUUCCAGACCCAGACUCUUUUGCACUUGAUACGGCAGCCAAGCACACUACUGCCACCGUCGGUGGCGAAUCGCUGGCAGCCGUCGGGAUUCGGCACGGCGACGGGCAGGUACAACGUAUUGAAAGCGGGAUUUGUGUUGUGCUUGGACCUGCCCUUAUUUCUCUUCUUUCUUCAGAGAAAGUCAAAAAAUAUGAAACGCAAUAAACAUGCGACGUUAGUAGAUGUCAAAAGUGGAUGAAGAACAUAGCAUGUAAAGGAAAAAUCGAAAUCCAGUAUAACAUAACACCAGCUGCAACACAUCCAGCGGUCCCGUGGUUAACCUGUCCAGCCGUCCGCUCAGCGGCGCUUCUACAACCCACGCUUUCGGCUCUACGCUGAAGCCGCACGCCAGCAAGCCCGCGCCGAAACGCAUCAGCCCGUCGCGGCCGCUGCAAAAUCAUACCACGCAACCGCACGGGGCGUCGCAGCACACAACGACAACCUACCGUUCCCCAGAUCGCAGUCGUUUGUACGCGCACGUCUCCCCGGACUCUCGGCUGCAGCGGCGGGGGGGAAACACAGGAACUAUGACCCAUCAAAAGCGUUCCGUGGUGGAGCAGGGAAUGCAGCGCGUCAGCUCGGAGAAAUCGGUCAUGCUUGGCGGAGGUGGAACAUCGGCCGGUGCGCACCAAGCGGGCAGCGGAGGCGGCACGGGAACCGGGUCACGGGGACACACGAGAGCGAACACAGCGCAUCAAUUCAGCCUGCUCGGACCGGGGAACCAACACAGCACCAGUAGCUACAAUUCCACCGUCGCAGGGGGUGGCUCUUCCAGUUCGACAACUGCGUCCACGACCAACGCGGGUACUAUGGGGUCCACCAGCACGCUCUCAGGUGGUCCCCGCCCUCGCUACCUGUCGAAUUCCAGCAACCACACGCAGGCGAGCCGGACCAGUCCGGGCCCGCACGCGGCAUACGUGCACCAGCCGGCUCUGUACCAAAACCAAUCCCGCACGAUCACCAACAUCUUUGCGCCCGCGCCGCAAUCAUCGUUACCAAAGCUGGGCGGCGGGACGAGUAGGGGUGGAGCGACGACCGGGUUUGGUGCGAAUGCGAAAGCGACGGUCAAGGCAAAGGUGAAUCAUCGGCACAUCUCGCCGACCACUGCAUCGUCGUCGACGAGAACGAAUCUGCAGCAGGGGAAUAUUAAGCCUGGUACUCGUAGUAGAUAUAUUGAUGUUAGAUCGUGCUACUUUUCACUUCACUUCACUUGGUUUUGCUUUUGAUGCAAUUCUAAAUUGUAUACAGUUUUUGUUUUUGGUCGUGUUAUGGUGUUGAUCUCAUGGUCUCCAGAAUGGAAGACAAUGACAAACUACACCGUAUACCUGUUAAACGAAAAGGUGGUACCAACUUGACCACGGGGCUCCGAGUGAGCAACUGCAGCAUCCGACGCUACACCUCGCCCGAACAGGCACCCCCGGGCACCAGUCUUCCCCUGACUAGGCAACGGAAAAAGCGGAGCAUCGACCGGCCGCCGCCGAUCCGCGAGGAGGUUGGAAGCUGCGCGUCCGCCACGGAGAACAAACACAACUCCGACGAGCAGCUUUCCAAGAAAGCCUCGGAGCCCUCCUUGCCCCCACCGCGGAAAGUUUCCUCGUCGCAGAUGACAGUCGUGGCACCGCCAGAUACGGUACUACUUAAUAGGGAACUGUGGGUUUUCUGGUUAGCGCACUUCUGCUGGGAAUCGGAGUCGUGUUUAGAGAUCACAUCCAGAGGACCACCCGUAUGUACUAGGCUCACGAAGAUCCUCUUCUUCGGAUCAGCAUCAUCAACAUGACAUGGUGCAUAAGUACUUACAUAGACUUAGACUUCAUCAAAACCCAUGCCACAGCUCAACAUCGACGGCGUAGACGCCUACGUCCCGAGCGACGACGAAAUGAUUCCUUUUGAAGUCAUCGACCGCCGCGAGUUGGAGUCCGAUACCGAGGUGGAGCUCAAGCGCUUAGCCGAGAUCAUCGUUACCUCAACUAACGCCGAGGCGCCGCCGCCCGCGCCCCCAGACCCAACGGCCGGCGCCAACGCCUUCCAGGGACCCGUGCAGAGCUCGUUUUGCCCCGUGCCAAGAUAAGUGGAAGCUGUGACGUCGUGGUGUUUUAGGUUACUAGAUAAUUAUCGACAAACCGUAGGAGGUGGGAUAAGGAUAAGGAAGCAUGCGCUCCACGAGAACAAGUAGUACAUAAUGAUGAAGAUAGAUAAUGUUGAAAUGAAACUGAGCCGCAGAAUUUUGCUCGUUUGUACAUUAUACGCUUACGACGCUUAGUUACAAGAUGGUUAAUAUCGUACUGUGAAUACAAGAAGAACAACACCAAGACGGAGUCGCAAUCCCUUGCCUCUGCCCCAGCACUGCAGCACAUCAACACCGCGACACGAACGGAAAAAAAAUAGUUUUCAGCCCUGACCAGAAUGCCACCUUUUUCCACGAAACGUAAGUUUGCCACAACUCCAAACGAGAAACGAAACAGAUAAACAAAUGCCAUCAAAUAAUCUUCGAAACCAUGAACCGACCGUACAGCGGCAGUGCAGGUGCAGCGCCUCGUGAAAAUAAAGCUUCGAAAAGUACUUCUACUUGUAGGACGGCAGAAUCCACG